CCGCGGUGACCGUCCUCGCGGCCCGCCGGCUCGCGCCCCGCCUCCGUGCCCGCCGCCCCUUCCCUCCCCCGCCGCGCGCCGGGGGUGCAGCUCGCUCCUCCCGAUUCCCGCCGCGGUCGCCGCUGCUCCUCCUCUCUCAGGCGUCGCGGCCGCUGCCUCUGCGGGCUGUAUGAGGAGGAGGAGGAGGAGGAGGAGGAUGUGAAGAUGGCGGAGCUGCAGAUGCUGCUGGAAGAGGAAAUCCCGGGGGGCCGCCGGGCCCUCUUCGACAGCUACACGAAUCUGGAGCGGGUGGCCGACUACUGCGAGAACAACUACAUCCAGUCAUCAGAUAAGCAGAGAGCCCUAGAAGAAACCAAAGCCUAUACCACCCAAUCCUUAGCAAGUGUUGCAUAUCUGAUAAACACCUUGGCCAACAAUGUCCUACAGAUGCUGGAUAUCCAGGCAUCCCAGUUACGGAGGAUGGAAUCUUCAAUCAACCAUAUUUCACAAACAGUUGAUAUUCAUAAAGAGAAAGUUGCAAGAAGAGAAAUUGGUAUUUUGACUACCAAUAAAAACACUUCAAGAACCCAUAAGAUUAUUGCACCAGCCAACCUUGAGCGACCAGUUCGUUAUAUUCGAAAACCUAUUGACUACACAGUUCUAGAUGACAUUGGACAUGGAGUAAAGUGGUUGCUUAGAUUUAAGGUGAGUACCCAGAAUAUGAAGAUGGGUGGCCUGCCACGUACAACACCUCCAACCCAAAAGCCCCCAAGUCCACCUAUGUCAGGAAAGGGGACACUUGGGCGGCACUCCCCCUAUCGCACACUGGAGCCAGUGCGUCCUCCAGUGGUACCAAAUGAUUACGUACCUAGCCCAACCCGUAAUAUGGCUCCCUCGCAGCAGAGCCCUGUGAGGACAGCUUCUGUGAAUCAAAGAAAUCGAACUUACAGCAGCAGUGGGAGCAGUGGAGGAAGCCACCCGAGUAGUCGGAGCAGCAGUCGGGAGAACAGUGGGAGUGGGAGUGUGGGGGUUCCUAUCGCUGUUCCCACCCCGUCUCCUCCCAGUGUCUUCCCAGCCCCUGCUGGCUCUGCUGGCACUCCUCCCCUUCCUGCUACUUCUGCAUCUGUCCCUGCUCCUCUUGUUCCUGCUACUGUCCCCUCCUCCACUGCCCCAGAUGCUGCUGCUGGGGGUGCACAGACCCUUGCUGAUGGCUUCACUUCUCCAACUCCCCCUGUUAUUUCUUCCAAUCCCCCUACAGGUCAUCCUGUUCAGUUCUACAGCAUGAAUAGGCCUGCCUCUCGCCAUACCCCACCAACAAUAGGGGGCUCAUUGCCCUAUAGAAGGCCUCCUUCCAUAGCUUCACAGACAAGCCUUCAGAGUCAGAUGAAUGGAGGCCCUUUUUAUAACCAGAAUCCAGUAUCUCUUGCUCCUCCUCCUCCUUCCAUCCUACAGGUAACUCCUCAGUUACCUUUAAUGGGAUUUGUGGCCAGAGUCCAAGAAAAUAUUUCAGAUACACCACCUCCACCACCACCUGUGGAAGAGCCUGUCUUUGAUGAAUCCCCGCCUCCACCCCCACCCCCAGAGGAUUAUGAAGAGGAGGAAGCAGCUGUGGUUGAGUACAGCGAUCCUUACGCUGAAGAGGACCCACCAUGGGCGCCAAGGUCUUACUUGGAAAAGGCUUUAUUGGAAGCAUCCUUCCAGGUUACCCAGGUUGGCUUCUAGCUUUUGUUACUUCUGCCUCAUGCUGGGAUUAUAGGUGUGUAUCACUGUGCUGAACUGUCAGAUAGUUAAUUUUGAGUUGUUUUUACUUGUUUGAAUUUGAAUAUCUCCAUAGGCAACUUUCUACCAAAGAAUGGUGUCUUUGUCUCUUCUAUAGAAUGGUGUGUGUGUGUAAAAUUGUCUCUGUUAUGUGACCACGAUAUAGCACCUUGGGACAGGAACUUCCAAGUCUGAAGACAAAUCAGUCAGUUCAGCUGUACGUGGUGGCUCAUACUCACAACUCCAGCACUUGGGAGGGCCAGACUGAGUACAUGCUGAGGUCCAGGUCAGCCUGGACUACAGAGUCACACCAUGCCUCAAAAGAAAAAAGGAAAUUUUCUGUUAAAGAAACCAAAGCAACCACCCACUAUGUGUCAGAACGUGUUAGAUUGAAUCACAUUUUAGUUUUUGUGAUGAAACACCAUGACUAGGCAAUUCACAGAAGGGGGCUGGCUUACAGUUUCAGGGGGGUCACUAGUUGGUAAUCAUCAUAGUGGGGAGUGUGGUCGAAGGCACACAGGUACAGGUAGAAUACUGGAGCAGCAGGGAAGAGCUUGCACAUCCUGAUACGCAAGUAGCAGGCAGAGAGGGACACAGAGAUAAGGGUGGGCCUGGGCCUGGUGAGCUUUUGAAACCUCAAAGCCUGCUCCCUACUGACACAACUUCUCCAACAGCUCCACAACUCCCAUAACUCCUAAUCUUUCCUGAACAGUCUACCAACUAGUGACCAAGUGCUCUAACAUAUGAACCUAUGGGGGUCAUUGUCAUUCAAACCACCAUAGAUUAUCCGUGGGCUUUGAUGAAGAAAUAGAGUAUAUAGGACAGGUAAGAUGGCUCAGUAGUUAUGAGCAGAUACUGCUUUUGCAGAGGACUCACGUCCAGCUCCCAGGACCCAUGUCUGAUGACUCACAGCCGCCUCACUCCAGCUCUAGUGGGCCUGAUGCUUCUGGCCUCUGAACUUGAAGCCAUACGUACACACUGAUGCAGACACACUCAUUCACAUAACCAGAAGCAAAAGAAAUCUUAAAUAAAUAGUGGACUUAACACUUUUGUCCAAGAUUGAGCAACAGUAAAUAGAUUUAUAUUUAUUCUUCAGACAGGAAUGGGGAAGGGGAAUAGACAGAACAGUGCCUUUUAAGACACAGAAUAGCAGCUGAUAGCAUAGCUUGGCCCCAAACAGAAGAAAGUCAGUUCUUCCCAUUUACGUAGGGUUUUAAAUGUCACAGAUUGUCCAGGAGGUUGACAUUGAACAUGAGAAACAAUGUUUUUAGAGACAGGCAGACAUUGAUCUUCUUGGAGAUAAAAAGUAGAGUAUCUAGAAUGAUAUUACAGAAGAAUCAGCAGCCUUUACCCUGACAAUAGAAACAUCCAAACUGCCACAAAGCAGAAAUAAAAAAUUCAGAAAGCAAAAACAAGUCAGUAGGUACAUAGGGCCAGAUCAAGUAGUAUUCAUUUUACAUAUGUGUGUAUGUGUUUAUGUAUAUACAUAAAUAUCUAUGUGUAUAUGUUCAUGUAUAUGUAUACACACACACACACAAUGUUUGCAGUCUGUAGAAAAGGUAAAAUAAGCUUGAAGCAAUCGUACUCUAAAUGUUUCCACAGCUGAAGAAGAUAUGUAUCAUCUAGUUGUCUAUUGCUAUCUAACAAAUGAUUCCAGAAUUUAAUGUCUUAAACAAAAUACUAUUCUUUUCUAAUUGUCUGUGUGGCUUAGCUGAGCUUUGUAACCCAGGGAGCCUCUCAUGGCAGUGGUUCAGGUAUGGGCUAAAGCUUACAGUUGUUUUAAGACUUGGCUAGGGGAUAAAGUACUCUCAAGAUGGUUUAUUUGGCCUAAGACAGGAUUUAAUUUCACCAUGGAUUAUUAACAUGAGGGCCUUAGCUUCUGUUUUGUCCAGAUUGCCCACAGUUCUCGGCUGCAUGGGUCCUUCCAUAGUGGCAGCUCACAUUUCCCUUCUUAGAAUGAACAAGCAGGAGGAGGCAGAGAAAGUGUAUUGGCAGGACAUAAGUUUUUUGACCUAAUCUCAGAAGUGACAGUUGAGUUGUUUUGUGAGAGAGUGUGUGUGUAGCAGACAACCUUGGAGGUUGUUCAUUAGGACCAGUUUAUCUUAUUUUGUGAGACAAUGCUUGUCAUUGGGGCUUGUUGAUGAGGCGAGCUGACUAGCAAAAUCCACAUCUGCUUGUUCCCAUCUCCCCCGUGCUAGCAUUAUAGAUGUGUCACCACACCAGAGUUCUGAUGUUGUGCUGCGGGUAAGACUCAGGCCCUCAUGCUCGUGUGGCAUUUUAGGGACAGCUAUCUCCCCAGCCCUCAAGUUGUUUAUUAAAGCAAGGCUGGGAGCUAGAGAGAUGGGUCCAUGGUUAAGAGCACUGGUUGCUCUUCCAAGGACCAGGAUUUGAUUUCCAGCUCAUCGACCUCACGGACUUCUGGCCUCUGUGGAUACUUCACUCAUAUGGUACACAGAUGAACAUGAAGGCAAAAUACCCAUACACAUAAAAUAAAGGUUAAAAGGCUUUGAUAAAAACACAUCAGUAGAUUUGGCCAAAUACAGGGAGUGGGUUUUGGCAUAAAGACUCAAGUACUGUGAGGCAGACUCAUUGGGACCUUAUCUGGAAGCUAAUCUACCACUGACAUUAUAAAUUCAGAGGAUCAAGAAGUAAACUCCAGAUAGAAGAAUCAAAGAAAAUCGUGCUAAGGCACAUCAUAAAUAAUUAAAAAACACUACUAAAGUGAAUAAUAUUAAAGAUGUUUAGAGAGAAAUGACUGUCUACAUAAGAAGAUAACGAAUAACUGCAUAGUUUUCUUGCAGGUCAGAGGCAGAACAUCUUUAGAGCAAUGAUGGAAAAUGUCAGUCUAAAGUUCUUGUGUGUAGUUUCGUUAGCCUGGUGGGUGCAGAAGAAACAUGGCCUCAUUAACAAAGGGGCAUCAUUUUCUUAGAAACAGCAUCCACAAUAUGUUCUGAAAUUGCUUUUAAUUCAGAUUGCAUUGUUAAGUUAAAUUUAUUAGUGAUAAUGACAGUCAACUUUGGUUACAUUAGGGCAGAUUGUAUAUCAGCUCCAAAUUAUGUUAAACAGGGUUUUACCACCUUAUGACAAGCCUCCACUCUCCAUGUGAGUCAGACCAUCAAUGUCCAUAACAAGACAACAACAAAAAAGCACAUUUGCGAUGGGUAAUUGGUGUCUCGUUUUCCAGGGGCUGGUGUGGCGCUGUUCUCUGCAGUACCUUUGUUGCCUUAACAAUACUUCUCUAGUCCAUUCUCACUUCCCUCUGCAUGCAUGUCUGUUAUACUUAUUACUGACAGAAUAUUGAUCUGUCUAGAAAUGUCUGAUCCUUGUGCUGUGUUGGCAACAGAUCGGUGAGCAGCAUCUCCAGUGUUCAGUGUGUCAUGUUGUCUGUGUCAACUUAUAUGGAAGAGAAGGUAGUUGGACCAUCUCUUUGUCCCGCCUUCCCCUUCCCUCCUGAGUUCUCCUUCUUCCUCCCAUUGGCUUUCCUUCUUCUGUUCUUUAACACUGUUCAUAGUAAAUUUAAAAGGAAAUGUUUAGUUACGCUCCACUAAAGCAUUUCAUAUAGCACACUCCCCACUGGAGUGCUGAUCUUAGAAUUUAGAGUGUUUUCAUGUUAAUACUGAAAUACUGAGAGAAAAAUACAGGCUACUUUAAUUAUUUUGCUCAUAACUACACAGAAAUAGCCAGGUGUUUAACAUUUCAUGUAUGUCUAUAUUUCUCUGGAAUGUUAAUUUUAAACAGCAGUAUUUCAGGGGACUAAAAAUAAAAAUUUCAAUUGAACACUAAUUUUGUCCCCUUAAAAAGGGUCUCCUGUACUGCUACACCCAGAGUCCAUAGACUCACAUUUGUUGUUACUCUUUCUGAGGUAAUUUCUUCUCUUCUCUUUCCCUUUCCUUCCCUUUCUUCCUUCCCUCCCUCCCUCCCUCCCUCCCUUCCUCCCUCUGGACUGAACCUUGGUCCUUUUACCACUGAACUACAUCCAUGACCUCCAGUUUCUAUAUUUUAAAGAGUAGAUGGAUGCUUGAGUGCAGUCACUUUGUCUACUAAAUUAUUCUGUUGCUACAAAAUAUAUAAAAAUAAUUAUCUUCUGGAUUACUUCUCAGUGGGUACAUUUUUCUAAGUACCCAGAAUGUUGCCUUUUCUUAAAAAAAUAUUGAUUGACAAUACUAAACACUUUAAUUCUAAUUUUCUUGUACCUAAAGUUGUCUUAAAAUUACACUGUGUUUUUUUUAGACAUUUAGUGAUAUUUUGAGAAACACAGCCCUGACUCUUCUAAGUUAGGCCUCUAAAAUUUUUUUUCUGUUGUCCUCAGUGUAUCCCAAUAAUAGAAGAUAAUUAUGUAUGAAGGAAACCAAUAGAGUUUUACCAAAGUGGCCAGAAACACAGGGCCAGGUCUUUGCCACUGGGAUACAUUCCAGCUCUCAAGUUUUAAGACUUGUGUGAGUGCCAUGGUGGAGGUCAAAGGGCAGUUUGUGGGAGUUCAUUCUCUUCUGAUAUGUGGGUCCCAGGAACUGAACUUAGGCUGUCAGGUUUGGCGGUAGUACCUUUACCCACCAACCAUCUCACUGGCCCAAAUGGAGAUUUUUGUUGAAAAAAGUUCUUUGUGGUGUGCAGAAGAUACAGGGGGUUGGAACAAAGUCUGUCGUAAGUGGAUGUGAGUUAAGUUUAAGGCAUCCCGUUUUAGCAAAACUCUUGAGGGUAGAUGUAAUAUUAGGAACUAGAGACUGAGAUUAACGUUGAGACCCAUUGCCAAGUGAUUGAAAGCAUAAAAACUACAUAAGAACUGUAGCACUUCAUUAUUGUGAAUGUAUUAAAUUGGUAACAUAAUGCAGUGUAUGUUUUGAAAGAAAGUGUAUGUAUAGUGGACGUAAUUUGUAGAAAUUUAGUUCCCAUUCAUAUCCAGGCCGAGUCCAGAAAAGGAGACGUGGCCCUACUGUUUCUUUAGCCUGUCUCAUUCCUCAGCUGCCUCAUAAGUGUAUCUUACAACAGUAGUGUAACGUUCUUACACAGUAUGGUACCCGAGUGUAAGUCCAAAUGAAUAGCUGUCUUUCAUGAGCCUUAGAUUACGUUUCUUUUCUGCAGUUGAUUUGCUUAUAGGCCAUUGAAGGGUAAGUUUAGCUAAAGAUGAGUAUUUUUUUGCUUGUUUGCCAUUUUACUGGAUUUAGAACCUUUUUCUAGAAAAGGAUAUUUGGUUGUAUUGAACUGGUUAUUAGAAAACAUGAAUGUAAAUUUUAA